AUUAAGAUGAGCCAGCCAUGUGGGCGUUGAAGAAGAAUACACGAAAACAUGAAAGAAGGCAAUAGAAAAAACAACAACUUAUCCUCCUCCCCAAAAAGAAGCCGACCUGUUAAUCUAUCAGGACCCGAUUCGGGUUCACGCCAUACGAGGCCAUCUCCUCAUCCAUCAGUCUCAGUGCUUGACGGUGAAAUCAUCACUGAAGAGUUGGGUUUGUUUGAAAUUUCCCCCAAAACCAACCCAAGAAGUUUUCCGUAUAGUGUGAAGCAGCAGUGUUGGGACAAGGCGGAGAAAGUCAAGGGAAGAGACCCGGACCGAUGGCGCCGAGACCCAUUGGGCAACACAAUCUUUCGGAAGCUUGUCGGCUGUCCUGGUUGUCUCUGCCAUGACUAUGACCAUAUAAUUCCCUAUUCUAAGGGUGGAGAAAGUACACUAGAGAAUUGUCAAGUUUUGCAGGUGAGAUUUUCUCUCUGAUAGAACAUCUCUGUUUGUGCUUGCUGUGGAGUAUCUUGAAAUUUCCUUGCUGCAUCAUUGUAUACUCACGGUUUCCUGUUAUUGUAUGAUGUGUUUUCAGUUAAUCUGUCUUUUAAUUCAUAGUAUAUGCUACUUUAGUUGAA